UGGGAAUUUAGGUUGUUUCUAAUUCAAUCUAGUCAUGGAUGAAAUGCCUGAUUGUACCGAUACUGGUAACUUUGCAUCAGCUCUGGCUAAUUUACUUAGCACAGUAUCAAAAUGCAGUCCAGCAGAUAAUCCAAUUUUACAAAAGCUGAAUAACCUGCAGAAAAAGGAUGAUAACAAAGGAAAUGAAUGCGGAACGAGCAAGAAUAAAAAUGAAAAAGGACAAAAAGUAGAUAAAAGUGAUGAAGCUGAGAUAAAAAAGAAUCUCAAACGAAGAAAUAGGAAAAAAAAAAAGAAAUCCACAAAAACCAAGAAUAGUGGCGGAGAUAAUAAUGGUGGGCAAACCAAAGGCUUAGAAGUAAAGCAAGGAAAAGGUAAUGAAAUUGAUAGUCAAAAGGCAGAAUCUAGCGAAGACUUUAUCGGCAUGGGUGAUAACUCUAGCCAAAGCAAAGGUGAUGGGGACAGCAAAAAUUUUGAGGCAAAAGAAACUGAAGGAUUGAAAGAUAAUGAAAUUCGGCACGGUAAUAAAAGCAAGGAAGGUAAAGCUAUUCACGCUAAAGAAAAAGACUUGAUCAAACAAGACGGACAAAAUUUUGAUAGAAGUGAACCAGGAAAAUGUAGUGCUGAUAAUGGUAAAGAUUCUAACUUGAGCAAGGACAAGAUUAAAAAUGCAUUACAAAACUGCAAAGGAAAUGAGGUGACUGAGACCUCCUCGGGCAAACAUGAUAAUGGGAUUGAAUGUGGCGAUAAUACUAAAAAACAGAAUGUAUGUGCAAAUAACGAAACCAUUGAUGGAAAAAUCUCCCUGGAAAAUGGUGAAAAUGUAAAGCAUUGCGUGGGUAGCGAGAAUAAAGAACAAGAAAACUGUGGUGACAUUAACAAAAGUGUCGGAAUAGAGAGUGAAAAUGGAGACAUUUGUGAUCGAAAAGACUCAGACAGUGAUGGGAAAAUCUCUCUGGAAAAUGGGGAUAAUGGUGAAAAUGUAAAGGAUCAUGUGAGAGGCAACAAUAGUAAUCAUAAACAAGCGAACUGCGAAGCCGUUGCCAAAAGUGUUGAAAAGGGAGACACAAGUGAUCAGAAAAACUCAGACAAAAGAAGUAUUGGAGAGAACUCCAUGAAUGCUAAGGAUAACAAUGAAAAAGCAAAAAAUCUGGAAAGCAAGCGUCCUGAGGAAACAGGCCCAAUUGAUGAGCCUUCAUCUUCUGCCCAAAACCAGCGAAGCAAAACAGAACCUGAGACAUCCUCCACCAUGAAACAACAAAAAAAGAAAGCACCGAGUCAUGAGGGUGAUAGCGACACCACUAGUAGCAGUAGUGAUGAUGAAGAUUAUGAAAGUACUGAAGGGAUUUCUGCUUUUACGAGGCUAGAUCUUGAGGGCAUGCUAAAGAAAGCAACUCAAAGAGUGAAUUUGAGGAAAUUGUUCAAACCAGGACAGUUUGAGGCUCAGUGUGCUUUUCAGAAACGUAGAAUUGUUAGAUUGGAAAAUAAAUGUACUCUGCUACUUGAGCUAGGCCUUCCACUGCCACCAGAAGAUAUCCUUCGUGAGAAGAUGGGAUUGCGUCGUUUAAAUAUGCCGAGCAUAGAGUCAUCUGACAGUGAUUCUGAUGAGGACUGGGGUCCUGGCGGGGGCAGAAGAAAGAAAAGGAAAAUGCCAGUAUUCAGAGGAAUUUCUGAGAAUGACACCAAACUAAGAAUGGAAUUCAUAAAGAAAUAUGUGGAAGAUCGCCAAACAGGGAAGGCUGUGAAUGUUCCUCCGCCACCACCCAAGCGAGAAAUUAAACUUCAGCCCAGAAGAGUGAUUUCAACUAAGAAAGAAGAACCGAAGUUUGAGCCAUUUAAAAAGUCUGAAAGUGGGGAUGCUUCAUCAAGAUACGAUACAAGGCGAAAGACUGGAGUGAAAUACACAGAAGAAUAUGUGCCAGAGGAUGAUCAUUUUGUAUUUUGCGAUGAAUGCAAGGCCUUGCAUCUUGAUGAUUGCCCAGACCAUCCAAGUAUGAGAAUGAAAGACACUCUUGUGAAAAUUGGCAUUAAAGAUCGUGCUAAGCAUACCUGUCCUCCAGGGCUGAGCAUUGAUCCAUCACAGAUCAGGAAUGGUGGUCUUGGAGUAUGGUGUGAGAUUGAUAUUCCACAGAAUACAGUGUUUGGUCCUUAUGAAGGUGAUAUUGUGAAAAAGUAUGAUGUGAAAAAUUUGGUGAAAGUAUCUGAAGGAGGUUAUUCUUGGCAGAUAUACAAGAAAGACAAGCUAUCUCAUUAUAUUGAUGGAAGCAAUAUUAAAACAAGCAACUGGUUGAGAUAUGUUAACUGUGCGAGAAAUGAAGAGGAACAGAACCUUAUUGCAUUUCAAUAUAAAGGCCAAAUAUAUUAUCGAACAUUCAAACAAGUCAAACGAAAUGUGGAGUUAUUUGUGUGGUAUGGAAGUCACUAUGCUUCACAGAUGGGAAUUGCAUCAAAACCACUGAGGGAUAAGGCAUUCAAAAUAAACCCAGUCAAAGCCAAUAUUAUGUCUAUAAAGAAGUCAACUUCAAUCACAGAAUACAAACUGCCCACACUGCCGGAUAAUGUUUUAUCAGACCUCACCAAUUCUAUGAAAUCUCCAAAUUGUGAAGCAAAAAAUGCUUCUGAGAAAAUUGGCAAUGCCAAAUCGUCAAAAAGUAUGAAAAAGGCUCAGUGCCCACAAUGUUUAACAUGGUUUCCAUCAUAUGCUUAUGUUCAACUACAUGUAAAAACAGUUCACGAAAAUCAGAAAAUAUUCGAAUGCACAAUAUGUGGGAAAGGAUUCAUUAUUAAAACUAAUUUGAAAAGACAUAUAAGAAUCCACACAGGUGAAAAGCCUUAUAAAUGUGAUGUUUGUGGUGACAGAUUUGCACGAAGAGAUUACUUACAAGGCCAUCAAAGAACACAUACAGGUGAAAAGCCUUAUAAAUGUGAUGUUUGUGGUGACAGAUUUGCACUAAGACAUCACUUACAAUGCCAUCAAAGAACUCAUACAGGUGAAAAGCCUUAUAAAUGUGAAGUUUGUGGUGACAGAUUUGCACAGAGCGGUCAAUUACAAGCCCAUCAAAGAACACAUACAGGUGAAAAGCCUUAUAAAUGUGAUGUUUGUGGUGAAAGAUUUGCACUAAGCCAUCACUUACAAGGCCAUCAAAGAACACAUUCAGGUGAAAAACCUUACAAGUGUGAAGUGUGUGGUGAAAGAUUUGCACACAGCAACAGUAGAAGUGGACACGUGAAGAAAUACCACUGUAAAACAAAAAAAUAUUAA